GGAAUAAGAACCGCAUCAUUCAUUCCCCCACAAGAAAAACUUAUAUAAAUCAAUUAGGAUCAUCAUCGACAAGAUAAUAACACGCAGAGCAAAACAUACAUAACCCCUUCUUCAUAAGGUCAAAGUACAACCUAAUUCGACCAUUAAUGGCAAAUGUUAGAGGAAGAACAGCAGGGAUGCUCAUGGGAGAGAAAGUGUCACCAAUGACGCCCACGCGUGUGAAGAUUGUCCCUGGUUCUGGCUGGACUGAGGACUCUAAUGGCCAUUAUCUUCUUGUUGACCUGGAAGGUUUCAACAAGGAGAAGGUGAGGCUGGAGGUGAACACCACAGCUGGACAUCUAACAGUCACCGGAGACAGGCAAGUGAACGAGAGGGAACACGACUAUAUUGAUGAAAAUUUUCCGCUACCAGCAAACUCAGAUGUCAAUAAGAUCACUGGGAAGUUUGAUGGUGAGAUUCUCUAUGUAACUGUACCAAAGGUUGUGGCAGUGGUAGAACCAAAGAAGGAUCCUGAAAUAGCAGAAGCAGUGAAGGAGCCUGAAAUAGUAGAAGCAAGGAAGGAGCCUCAAAUAGUAGAACCAAAGAAGGAGCCUCAAAUAGUUCAAGAAAGGAAAAAACCUGAAAUAACGGAGAAUCAGAAGAUUGAAGCUGCUCCAGCAGCAGAAUACACAAACAAAUAUGAUGGCACAGAUGAUGCAGAGCCAAACAGAUUAUUAGGCAAUGCUUGGAUAUUCUUUUCUGCAGAGAAUAUAAAGAAGUGGGAGGAAGAUAAUGGCAUUUUAAGAAGUGCAAGGGAGGUGUUGAGCAAAAACAAAGGGAUAGUUAUCACAGCUAUAGUAGCAUUCUCGUUAGGGAUGUUUGUUUCUCACAAGUUCGAAACAGGAGAAUGAUCUAAGGCUAGCUGUUUAAGCUGGUGUGUGUGUUACAUACUACUUUCUCUCUGUAGUCUCUUGUUUAUACCAUAUUGUACAAUCUCUAACAUGUACAUAUGUAAAGAAUAAGAAUUUCAAUGAAUGAUAUCCCAUCAUUGUAUUAUAUAUUUAUCUCUUAAGUUUCUAACACAUUAGUAGAAAUUACUUGAGUGUUCAGUUAACAAGAAUCUGUUCCUCAGUUACCAUAUCAAACACAAGAAAAAGAAAAAGAUAUAUACUUCAUCUCAUUGUCAAUUAGCAUAGAUAGAAUAAGAUAUAUACCCCAGUAUCACAUUGUCUACAUUUGCAGAUUUGCUGACUUAGCAUAACAAACACAAGAAAGAAAGAAAGUACACCCUCAACCUCUCUACUAAUAGCUAAGAAAUCUGGUGCUAAAAUUGAGAAUGUGUGCCAAAACCCCUCUAUAUAUCAAAGUCUGACAUUUCUAAAACACAAGCUUAAUAGUGAACUCAAACUGUAGUUGUAAUAAAUACAUUUGAACUGAACCUUGUGUUUUCUUCCUCAGGACCUCCACCUUAAACACUGCAGUGUGACUACCCAUUGGAAUAUAUAAGGUGGAGGUUCCUGAGGAAGAAGGCACAAUGGGAUCAUUUCUAUCACUACAACUCUUUACGCUGCAGAAAGGUCAAACUUGAUAUAUUAAGAUUACGACUCUUAGCAACAAUUG